AUGUGGUUGUCAAACGUAGCAAACAAUUUAAAUCUAUCAAAUUCUCCUUCAGCAAAUAUUCUCUUCAAGCUUCCUGAUUUAAUUGACCCUACUCCAAAAAUUCAACAGAAUGCAAACAUCUCAGGAGAACAAUAUAUCCGAACCCUCGCCCAUUACAUUCACGCUAACGAGAGACGAUUAACCACCUCAACUCAAGCGUCUCCGCCACCGUCUGGCCAUCGAAGAGCAGAUAGUGGAAGUGGUAGUUUCUCUCUAUCAAAUCUGUGGUCUAUAUCCACAGCAUUAACUAGCACUUAUUUAAUAAACAAGUCAACUCCGCCGGCUACACAGAUACCUUCGCCUGCCGGGUCGAAUUCCUCUUAUCAAAAAUCAUCAAAUUUGGUGACACUUGAUCAUCAUCACUUUUAUUAUUUGCUGACAAAAUUUAGUGAGUACGGAUUUGAUGUUGGAGCCUUUGAAUCGAAACUGGAUGGAAUGGAGGAUAAUGUUAAUAAUAAUAGUCGUAGUAAUUCUAAAGAUAAAUUAGAGACGGCGUCAAUAACUUCGGCUACGUCUGUUAAUUCCAUGUCUUCUGCAAUGUCAUCCAUGUCAUUAUUUUCAGGAUGGCAUGGAUGGUCAAAGGCGGCUCAAAGCGAAGAGGUACCAAUUGAAGAGGAUAUUAGAUAUAUAUAUCGUGUUUUUCUUAAACUUUCGGGAUUGAAGUUGGCUGUUAUUUCACAUACAAAAAUUGAAGGUUCUGAAUCAUGGUCGUCAUUAGAUUCAAUGCUAUCUUUGACCCCUUUCAGGAAUCUUACACAACUAGAGAUAUGCAAAUUGCCAAUAAAGAUUAUUGAUGGAUGGGAUCUAUUACAGGAGAAACUCGAAAUGCUCACUAUCCAAAAUGGUUCGAUAGAUGAUAUUACGGAAUUAUUUGUUAAUGCUGUUGUUACCUCAAUGAAAAGAAGAAAAAUCAAAAAGAACAAGAAACUUGUGGUCAGUGAUGAAGAAGAAACAACAGACAACAGCAUCAGUAAAUCUGACUCUACUAAAAAAUCACAAGAAACAAAUGACGACGAUCAAGAUCCAACUAGCAUUCUACCCCCGAGAAUUUGGUCUCGUCUUGUCUCUAUCAAUCUCUCGGAAAAUUCUUUGACUUUCAUUGCUAACGAACCAGUGUCCUUCAUUACCACAUGCACACAUUUGGAUUUAUCGCAUAAUCUGUUCAUUGCUGUGCCCGAAGCAUUGGCCCAAUUAUAUAAUUUGCAGUAUUUAAAUCUGAGUCAUAAUAUGAUUGAAUCUGUUCUUAAUAUUUAUAAGGUGCUGGGGAAUGUGACAAAAUUGGAUCUGAGGAACAAUCGAGUGGAGAAUUUGUGUGGAUUGGAACGUGUGAUUACACUUGAAUGGGUGGACAUACGAGAAAAUCGAUUGUUCGAUUGGGAGGAAAUUGGGCGUAUGACUGAAGUCUCUGGAAUAAAAGAAAUCUAUGUAGAGGGCAAUCCCUUUGCUCAUCCUCAGAGCAAUUACCGUGUAAACAUUUUUACGGAAUAUAAAAAAAAUGAUUUGGACAUACUUCUGGAUGGCUACGGUCCUUCAAUGAAAGAAAGGCGCCAAAUCAAUGUCCCCACAAAACAACCAGAAGAACUUCAAAGAGUCCCGACUGCUGCUCUAAAUCGAGUAAUGUCUAUAGAGCACCUGCAAGUAUCUCCAAAGAAAGGAGCCACGCCUUCCAUUGAUAUACCAGUACUAAAACAAAAGAAACGAAACAAGCGUAUUGUUGAUCCGCAUGAUGACGCAGAUGAAUUAUUGCCAGAUAAGAACAGUAAUAAUAAUGGGACCGAAGAAAUUUUGGUGAAGCAUAAUAGACCAGGAGCCGGCAAAAAGAAAAAAGAUCCGGCAAUGAUAUCAUCAUCUCCGCCCAGGUCUAAUGAAGCUUCUGACCAAAAAAGACCUAUGCAUCGUGGCAUUAAGGUUGAGAAAGCUUAUGCUCAUGAUAUAGAUCCAAAGGUGCGUGAUCUACGCAAAAAGAAGUCGAGUAAAAAUAUCCGUGCAAAAACUUUGGACACACCACCACGAUCACCGGCACUUAAUCCUGCAUCCGCAAUAAGUGAUUCGGAAGUGGCCACUCACACACCAAGUGGAUCACCUCCGAUAGGGGAAGAUUUUAGAAACAGAAUGGAGAAACUGAGAAAUGAAGGAGGAGCAGCGUGGCUUAAAGUCUUUAAUGAGAUGGAGUAUGGUGAGGGAAAUAAGUUACGAGAACCUAGAUUGAAACAGGCACUGCAUCAUGUGUUGCACGGUAAAAAAGACACUGAGAAAAAUCAAUCAAAGAAUGUGAAUUCAUAA